AUGAAAUUGAUGGUAGAUUGGGUUUUCUACAAAAGUAGAAGAUGGCAACCAUGUUACACUAGAAGAUUACUAUAUCAUCUUGGGAGAUUUCUUAAGAAUCUUGUAUUUGCUAUUGUGGAUGAGCUCAUAUCUGGUGAUCAAAAUAGGAAUAUCCAUGUAUGGGACUUGACUGCAAACUCUUGUAGCUGUGAGCUGGUGCCAGAGGUUGAUACAUCAAUGAGAUCAUUGACAGUGAUGUGGGAUGGAAGCUUGGUAGUUGCUGCAAACAACAAAGGAACUUGUUAUGUCUGGAGGCUCUUACGUGUGACACAGUUUCUCAGAAUAUGCAUGAGCUCUAUAGACCAGUACAUGUGGAUACACCACUUGCUGCAUACUUUUCAGAGUGGUGGAGAUUUUGAUGAAGAUGAAGAUGAUAGUGAUACAAAAGAAGAGAUAGAGAUGAAGAAUGAAGAAGAAGAAGCAACUGGUAAAAUGGAAACUGCAACUGCAGUACCAGUUAGCAAUGGAGUUGAGGCAACAGCUUGA